AUGGAGUUAGACCACCGUGAAAACGCUGGUGAUAGGCUCUCAUUGUAUGCUUGUCUACCCUGCCGCCAAGCUAAAAGGCGCUGCGACCGCACAUAUCCUCAAUGUACUCUUUGUUCUCAGAAGAGGAUUAGGUGUGAUUACCCAAGUGGCCGAAAAACGAGACAAGUUCGUCGUAAUCGAAAGAGAAACUCUGAUGUGUCUUCAAAAUCGCCUAUCGAUAGCUCGAUCACCGACCCCGCUUCCAUCCCCAUAUCAGAGAUAAGAAGAGAGGAUGAACAGCGCAUUAUAUCCGAGUCGGCCGAAAGUACUGUUUUGGCGGAAAGAUUCCUUGAUCCAGAAGUCUUCCAUCGCGCGCAAUUAGAAGUUCAAAGCCUGGAUCCAGCAUUCGCAAUUACCAACGAAGUGUCUGACUUGGUCGGCGGCUUAUUGGAGAUUAAAGCCACUGCGAAGAAAUUCUUUGAGACAGUUCAUACUUGGAUGCCUAUCGUAUCUAAGAACCAGUUCACGGCCAAAUUGCCUAAUCGUCUGGCUCAUAGAAGAGCUGAGUUAUACCUACUAGUAUUGGCGAUGAAGUUGUGUCACGCCAAUGUGUCAGCAGAUAAAAGGGGACUAUACCGGGCAGUAAAACAGCUUUACUUCGAAGUUGAAUUGUCUGGGAUACUUUCUAUCCUUGUCCUUCAAUCGGGGAUCCUCAUUGCAAUCUACGAGCUAGGACAGGGUAUAUAUCCGGCUGCCUUUUUGUCCGUCGGAUGCUGCGCUCGUUAUGCCACUGCACUUGGGUUUAACAAUAGCAUAAUCUCGCCAAGCUCCAUGGUACGGCCAUGGGAUGAAGAAGAAGAACGUCGUCGAGUUUGGUGGUCAAUACUGGUGCUAGAUAGGUAG